UUGAUAUUUUAAACUUCUUUGUUCGUCCGUCGUCGUAUGUGUUAUUAAAUCCAUGUCAGUCUGAAGAGUGGCUUCGCUGAAUAUUCAAUAUUUCAAUGACGCUUAACUAAAUAAUGGCACCAUAUUAUGCAGUUGUUUUCCGGCAAAGCCGAACGGGCACCGUGGCCACUAAUUGGCCUACAGCCCAAAAAUGGCGCGAUUCAAGUAUCAAUAGUUUCUGCAAAAAGUUUAGUACCCAAGAAGAAGCUGUCAAAUACUUAGAAAAUUUAGGUCAUGCGGUUAUGUACUUCAAUGAUGAUCCACCGUAUUCAAAUUCUAAUAAAAACAAAGAUUUUAAUGUGUUGAAGAACUACAUAAACGAAAUUGAUGUUACUUUUAAGAAAAUGUUUCAAUUCACAGAUCAACUUAAAAAUCAAUUAAGUUACACAUCUAAGUUACAAGCAUUAAACAUAUCUGUAAUCGAACAUUUAAAUGGAAUCGUUGGAGAGCUUGAAACAUCCGAAACUACUAAUAGCAGUACAAGUAACAAUAAACGGAAAAGGGAAAACGACAGAGUACUUGUUGAUCUGGAUGUUGCAAAAAAAAACUUAAUUUAUAACUCAAACAAUGAAGUUGUUUGCUACAUUGAUGGUGUUCUAAAUCCAGUAGAAAACAAUCAUGUGUUGGCAGUUUCUGGAGUAUAUUUUGCUGAUAAUCAUCCUUAUAACCUGCAUUCCAAAGUGCCAUCAAGCCAAACGUUAGCUAAUGCUAAAAUAUAUGGUGCUCUUUUAGCAAUAUGUCAAGUCCAACAACUUGGCAUAAGCAAAAUAAAUAUCCAUACAGAUUCAACAUUUUUGGUGAAUUGUGUCACAAAUUACUUUACAAGGUGGCGUUGUAACGGAUGGCUGAAAAAGAAUAAAGAACCUGUUAAGAACCAGGAAAUGCUCAAAUUAUUGGACUCUAAAUUAGUGUUAAUGAAAAAAGUUUCAUGGACAAUUACGGAUGAAAACGAUACAGACGAAGCAUAUAAAUUAUCUGCAGCCAAGAAUUUAGCACAAAAUGGAAUAUCUAAUGUCUUAAAAUAUUCUAAACCAAAAUAAUAUAUUAUUUUAAGUUACAUUAUUUUUUUAAAAUAAUUUAUUGUUGUUUAAUCUGGUUAAUCUUUAUAUUAUUAAUAUAGUAUUAAUACUAGUUUAUAAUAUUUAUAGUAUUAUUUUUUGAUUAAUACUAUAAA